GUGUUACUAAUGACAUUAAUGAGGGUCCUGAUACUGAUGUCAUUAGUAUCACCUGUGUUUACCUGCGACUUGACGUCAAAAAUAGCUGCUGUGAAAAAAGGGUCUACUGGCAUUCAUCAGCCCAAAGACACAACCAUGGAGAGUUUUGUCAUUUCAGAUAUGAACAGCUUUGAGUGUAUGUCUCCAUCAGAGCUGGACAAGAACUUUUUUGGGGAACAGAGUUUGCCGUCUGCUCUGUCGCUGGAACAACUGUCCUCAUCCAGAGUUUCGAAUGACUUGGUGGUGGAGGGAUCUGAGGCCAAGCCAUGCGCUUUGCCUUCCCUGUGCCUGUUGUCAGACUCCAUGUCCCCCUCUAAGGCUUUUCCUGUGAGCUCCUCCACCUGUCAGGAGAGCCAGACUCCUCACCUCACUGUGCCUCUGCAGGGUAACUCCUCCACUCCCCACGAGCUCCUUCAAAAGGAAAAACUGGGAGGUUCUUUUGACCAGCAGUGUUAUAUUGAUCUCAUGGCCACACAAAUCUCGUGGGAUGUUUCUCUGAUUAAACCGAACAAUAACAGCCCCAAGCUCUGCAUGGAGUCCAGCAGUCUGGAGUCGACUUGGAGUCCAAAACCUCAGUCGGUGCAGGGUUUUCUGGCUGAGACUUCCUCCCCAACUGGUCAGGAAUCUCCCAUCACCCACAUAUAAGCAAUGUGGAGGCACUUCACAAGCCAAGAAGGAAGAAAUAUCUCUAUACCAUACAUCUUGUGAUUCAACACUGGUGGCUAAUGAUUCCAAAAUCUGCUUUUUCAACCCACCAUGUAACAAGGACUACUGCAAGACGAUAACCAAGGUAUGGUGUCCAGUAGGCUGACUUUAACUUUGAUAGAGCUAACAUCAAGCACAUCUGUUGCAAGGCCCAAAAAAACCCAAGAACAAAUCUGUAUUUUUACAGGAUACAUGCAAGAAUGUGUGUAAGAGCGGUGGCUGCCUUGUACAAAUGUUUAUAUAUGAAUAUUUAAAUAAAGCUUUGUUUUAAGUAA